GCACCCUCCUCGUGCAUGCACGCGCAGGCGGAGGCUCGGCAUCCUCGUGGAGGCGCGCGGCGGACGGAGCAGAAGAAGAAGUCUGAAGGAGUUCCAUCUCGUCGUCGUCGUCUUCAGGUUCGUGUCCUGGUUCUAAUCAUGUCCAAUGGUGGCAUCAUCGGGCGGAUCCGGAGCCCCCCCCAGCCCCCCACACCCAUCCUGGUCUGUUCCAAAGCUGUCAUGUGUGUCAUGCCCAUCGCUCAGAUCACCAUUGGUGCAGUGUACCUGGACGAGUGUCCGGUCCAGACCUACAUCCCGGUCUACCUGGUGGUCCUGGGGGUGUUUGGACUCAUGCUGACCCUGCUGUCCUGUCUGCCCUGCGCUCAACAACCCAAAGACGGACCCCCCAACCCCCUGAACCGGCUCUGCACCGCCUGGAACUCACUCACAUCCUUCUUCCUCUUCUGUUGGUUCAUCGCCGGUAAUGUGUGGAUCUACUCCAUCUACCAGCCCAACUACAACAGGAACACCACCCACCUGGACUCCUACUGCCAUAGGACCCUGUACCUGUUCGCCUUCUGGACCACCACCCUGGUCUACGUCCUGCUGGGUCUCUUCCUGGUCGGCGGCUGCUGCGUCCUCUUCUGUUUCUUCCUGUGUGGACGAGCCGACCCCGACGACAUCUAGAGACGACGUCCAACCGGACAUUAAGAGGAGACGGGUAGUGGACGGGUAGUGGACAGGAUUGGUUGGACGGGUAAUGGCUGUGUUUAAUGCAUGGGUCGGACGGAUGUUGGACUUUUAAUUGGACUGGACCAAAGCCGUGUGCACCUGUGGGUGGUUCAUGACCUCCAGACUGUCUCCUCACCUGAUUGGACGGUCUGUGAAGGAGGCGGACCUCACUGACCUUUGACCUUCUUUGUUUGUUCCGUCUGUCCUCCAGAUCAGACCUGUUGUGUUUAUCUCUUCUAAUCCUCCUCCUUUUGUCUUAUUGUCUUAUUAUUGGAGCUCUGUUCCUUCGUUGGGUCUUUGUUGGACAUGUGUCUCCUGUACUUCUGUAAAAUCUGCUGUUGAACACUUUCUUUAUUGUAAUUCAAACCGAAUCAAAUUUUAUUUAUAUAGUGUCAAAUCAUAACAAAAGUUUUCUGAUGACAAUUGAACUAAACGAACUAAAAUCAGGCACUUCA